UUCCUAUCGCACAGUUCCCCACCCCAGCCCGGGAAGCCCAGCCUGCCCAUUUGCGCCGGGAAGAGCAGUGGCCUGGAUGAGGACAGCACGGGUCACGGAUAGAGUGUAGAACCUUCCCACCCGACCCAGAGAAAAAGACAAGAAAGAAACCCACCUCCCCGUCCCCGAGGACAGCGACCUAACGCCCCUCAACGCCCUUUGACCUCUGAACUCUUCGCGGGGCUCUCGAGACCCUCCUCCCUCGUCCCUCCCGGCGCCUGGUACUACACAUGCGCCCUGCGGCGCGGCGCCAUGUUGGGUCGGUUUGAAAGCGAGCGCGGGCGUCUGGCCUUCCUGCGGUGGCGGAGGAAAUAGCGGUCCCGAGGAGGGCGGUGUCGCGCUCCGGGAUGCUUUGUCGCGUCGUCCGGUUUGGGCAGGGCUUGGGCUGUCCGCCGCCCAGGAUCUGGAAGUGCGCGCUUUAAAAAAGAAAGCGUCCGGGGACGCUGCCACCCCGGAGCCAGCCCGACAGCCACACCCAGCGCACAGGGAUGGUCCAAGUCUCUGCAGCCCAAGGCCUGCCAUAAUCGGUGUUCCAGACCCGUCGCCGCCCCCCUUGGCAGGCUAAACAAGAGAGCAGCGGUUUCCAAGAGUUGUGUUUCACUUCCAGAGCGUCCGUCCAUCUUCCCAGCACUCUUUUGACACGGUCGGGUCGUCUGAGUUUUGAAUCGAGGUAGCUGAAAUUUCUUGCCCUAACUUUUAUCCUGCACCGCGAUGGUUUUAAUUCGGGAGAUUGAAACCGGCGCUUCCGAAGGGAAUGUAUUUAAUGGAAAUGAUUAACUCCUUUUGAGAAAGCCAUGGCGAAAUUGAACACAAAGCACAGGGUUUGUUCUCGAGAGUCUUCAGUGUCUUCUCUCCUGGCGAGCUGCAGCCUGAGUGGCAGCAGCUCCUCCAGUUCCGACAGCUCGUUUGUGUAUAAGGACCAGCUGUACAGCUCAGCUUCUGAGGCGCUGCAGGCCUAUAUUGAGGAUUUUGACCUAAGCAGAGACCAUCCUGGUGCGAACACUGUCAAAGCGAACAUUGAUGGUGAAGUUGGUAAUGAGCCUCAAUUUUCCAGCUACAUGCAUACACCAGACAAUGCUUUUGAAAAUCUUGAUCACAAGCAGCGCUUUAACCCCUUAUACUACAGAAGAGAGACUAUUAAGGACAUGGACUCCAUUAGCCUAACAACUGAUGAUUUGUUAAGACUUCCAGCAGACGGAUGCUUUUCCUUCACUUGUGUUACACCCGACCACCGACCAAACAAGAAAUACGUUGGAAGACUGGAUUCGUCGGGCAUUAAAAAUAGUCCAAGAAUUUAUGUAGACGCUACUCCCAAGAGCAAGGAUAAUAUAGUUCCUCCUUAUGUAUAUACAAAUAUAAAUGGAAAGAAAUGUGGUAGGCCCAGAACUCCAAAGCCUAUUAAUAGAAAAAAUAAAUGUGUUUCAGAAUCAUCUUUAUCUUUUCCUAAAGAAUCAUCUUUCAAGGAGGACAGCUCAGAGCACAGUCUUGAAAAGAAUUAUCCAAGAUGGCUCACUAGCCAGAAAUCUGACCUUAAUGUCUCAGGGGUAACUAGUAUACCCGAUUUUAAGUAUCCAAUUUGGCUCCAUAAUCAAGACUUGCUACCUGAGGCAAAUACUCCAAGGGGUUAUAAAUUACUUAACGAAGAUGAAUCUCACCCUAUACAUAGUUACCAAACACAAAGAACAACUCAGCUGUUAAAUAAAGUAGAGUGUUUUGAAUAUUCUUUUAAACCUUCAAACUUAACAGACUCCUUCAGUGAGUAUAAAGGAUUAGGUAAUGAAUUUAAAUGUCAGUGUGACAAUCCACUUCUCCCAGGACAAUCCCAAAAGCCAUUCUGUGGUGACAAAAUUGAGUUGCUUAUCCUGAAGGCGAAGGAGAAUCUCAAACAAUCUACUAAAGACUUACCAAAGCCUGUGGAAAAGGAUGACAGUCCUUGCUCCUUAGAUAAACUUGAAGCAGAACGAACGUGGGAAAAUGUCCCUGUUACUUUCAAAUCUCCUGUCCCUGUUAAAGCUGAUGACAGUCCUCAACAAAGUUCCAGGACACAAUGUGUGAAUGAGUUUCUUGAGGACUUUUUAAACGAUGAGAAUCAGAGCUCUACUCUAUCUGGAGGCAAACAUCAUGGUCCUGUUGAAGCUUUGAAACAAAUGUUAUUUAACCUUCAAACAGUACAAGAAAGUUUUAAUAAGAAUAAAAAUACAGAGCCAGAAGAGGAGAUUAAGCAAGUGUCAGAGGAUGAUUUGUCUAAAUUACAGAUGAAGGAAAAUAUGAUUCCUAUUACUAGGUCUCUUCACAAGGCCUUACAACAUUUAUCUCGCCUGAGAGACCUGGUCGAUGAUACCAGUGGGAGGCAGUCACCAAAGAUGUGAAGAGGAAAAUAAGCCUUCACCGCAAUAAACAGUCACCACACAAUGAGUUAUGUACUCUUUGCUGUUACUUACACUGAGAAGAUGAACAUUAGCCAUACGUUAUUCUAUGACCAGUUCAAGUAUAUUUACUUCUAAGAAUCUGAACUUGGAAAUAUUCAUGAAAUAUUUAUGAAAACAAAAGUGGAAGACAUUAAGAUGUAUCCUGAAGUAGUACGUGGAUCUUCAGACCAGAAAAAAUUUUAACAUUCAGAAGUGGAUAAUUUUCUUUCUUGCUAUUUAUCUGGACUCAGUUUUUAUCGACAUUCGAAUCAUUUGUUAUUUAAUUCUUGGUUGUAAAAUCUUUUAGCUUCUUCCCAAAUCAUCUAAAUGUUAUCUUUGAAUGUGUGUGUACUGAGUAUUUUCAAGCAGCUUCAGUAGGACCUACAAGUACUCAACAAUGAGUACCUACAAGUACUCAACAACCAGUACCUACAAGUACUCAACAACCAGUACCUACAAGUACUUAAUAAUCAGUACCUACAAGUACUCAACAAUCAGUACCUACAUUGUUGUAUGGUAAGAAUCAUUGUGUUACUUCUAAAGUUCUAUACAUUGGACAUUUAAGAUGUUCUGUUUGUAACUGACAUUUAAAUAGUUUGUGACUCAGUGUUAAUGGAAUGUUCUUUUAUUGUGACACCAUAGAAUCUUGUUUUACUUAAUUCAAUUAAUUGAUUCUUUGUAAGAUAAUCUUGAUAAUACUUAACAGUUAACAAAUUAUUUUAGAGGCUAUAUUUGUGAAAUUAAUAUUUGAUAAGUAGUUCCCCAGAUUUUAGAUUUGGGUUUACCUCAAUUAAAAGCUAUGACAUUAUGACAAAUCUGAAACUGAACAAAAAAAUGAGUGUAGAAAAUCCCAAUUUAAAUUUACAAUUUAAAGCCAUUUACUAUAGUCUUCCAAAUUUAUCUCUAGAUAGAACUGAACAGAGUUGUGUUUUGCAGUUUCUACUAAGCAAAUAUUAAUAUUUACAAUAAUUAGAAAACAUCUUCAUCAAGAAUGAGAAUUAUGUAAUAAAGCAAACAGAAUGCAUUUACAAGCCUGAUGAAAUUAUAUGGUCAAAGACAACAAAUUAACAUUUUACCCAAAGUUGUUUUUGUAGAACAUGAUUUUAAUAUUUUCAACUGUUAAUA